GGGGGGGGGGGGGGGCGGGGGGGGGGGUGAGGUCGUGUUGUCCGUUCAUCGUAGUUUCGUCAAAACGGCGGCGUUAACGUGCUUCAACUUUGUUACAUACUGUCAGAGACCAACUACCCCCCGGAUUUUCUUAAAAUGCAUCAUCCGGACCCCACUGGAGACUCUGGCAGUGUUAGAAAGAUGGCGCAGCCGGCUGCCUUUCACAGAAGGGGUAGCAACACCAGCAGCGGGAGCGGCUCCUCGCUGUCAACACCGGUGGCCACCAACAGUCACGGCUCGGCUGCUGAAGAAUAUCAGACCUCGCUGUUGAUUCAGUGCCAAACUCCAGCUGGCUCAUCCUCCCCAGGUCCCCACCAUCCUCCUUCCCACAGCCUGAAUCUACAUUCCCAGGCCACACAGUCUGCUGGGGCUCAGAUGAAAAAGAAGAGUGGCUUCCAGAUCACAAGCGUGACUCCAGCGCAGACAUCUGUGAGUACCAACAACAGUAUUGCGGAGGACACAGAGAGCUACGACGACCUGGAUGAAUCCCACACAGAGGAUCUGUCGUCCUCAGAAAUCAUGGAUGUCUCUCUUUCACGAGCUAAUGAUGUAGUUGGAGCAGAGAGAAGCUCCUCUGAGGAGACCCUGAAUAAUUUUCAUGAGGCUGAAACUCCAGGGCUCCUGUCACCAAACCAGCCUUCACACCCCCAUUCUCUGAAUCAAGCACCGCAACCGCAGCAUGGUGGGGGUAUGGUGAAUGGGACUGUGCACCGUCAUCCUCAUCAUCAGAACCAUGCCCAGGGCUACCCACUGUCUUCUGGGUCUGUGGGUGCCUCAUCUACCCAUGCCUCUGUCAUUCAGAAAAUGCCUUCUAAUGUUGGGGUCUCUCAAGAGGCAGCCCCUGCAAACAUUGUUUCUCAGCCUGUGGUGAUGGUGGGCCUGGGAUCCACUCCUGGAAUGCACAGCUCUGCUACAGGCACUGCAGUUAGUAUAGUUAAUCCCCAGACCAGCAGUGUUAUUAAUGUGAAUAUGUUGAGCUCUGCCAAUGUGCCUGUGAGGGGGGGAAUAAGCACGAGUGCGAGCAACAGCUCCGGAGGCUUUCCUCUCAAUGCGAAAAGCGGUCCUGCGGGUGGUGGAGGUGGUUCUGCAGCAUCUGGGGGCAACCUCAUGACUAACACCAAUAACACCAUGAUUCCGCAACAACAAACUCUCAACUGUAACAUCUCUUUGACUACUACAACCACUUCUGCUGUUACUGUUGCCAGUGCCUCGAGUGGAAUCCAGGGAAGACAUGGUUCUGUGUCUAUGAGUGCCCCUGUUACUGUCUCAACUAUUCCUGCUCAACCUGCCCCAACAACAAUGGUUGCUCACACCAGUUCUCGCUUCAGGGUGGUGAAGUUGGACUCAAGUUCGGAGCCCUUCAAGAAGGGCAGAUGGACGUGCACUGAGUUUUACGACAAGGACACCCCAAACUCUGCUUCUUGCUCAUCUACAUCUGAUGCUGGCAGCAUGCGCCAGUUUGUCUCUGAGAACUUUGCUGGGUGCUCAGAGAGGGAAAGCACAAGUGGUAGCUCUGUGAGUAGUACUUUAAGCACAGUGAGCCAUUAUAUGGAAAGUGUUUGCAGUGGCGAGACUGGGGGACCCCCAGUUUCCCAACAUGCACAGGAUUACGCCUCCCCUCCUCAGGGUUUUCAAGCAGGCCUUCCAAGUGGCUUAGUAGGUAUGGGUGUGUCUCAAUCGCAACCCCUUUUAAACCCCCAAGAGAUCACCCAUUCAAAUAUCAAGAGUAACAUGCCUUCCUCGACUCCGUCAAACACAAAUCCGCCAGUACCUGUGCAAGGCCACUCUAUCACCAGUGGAAUGCCUAUUUCUGCUUCACCCCAGCAACAGCUUACCUACGCGCAGGCAGUUGCGAAUCAAACCCCAGGCUCCACACAAGGCAUUGUGGGUGUUCAGCAGCACCAGCACUAUGCCUCAUUUCCCCAACAUCCAUCUGCUGCCCCAGUACAAAUGAGACCCCCUGAGUACAGCCAGGCACAUCAAGGUAUUCCCCAAGCUCCCGCCUCUCAACAUCGAUUGAACCAAGCUGGACUAAAUUCUUCAGGGCAAGCUAAUGGAGCAUGUCAGAUGAUGGGAGGCCUCCAGCAGUCACCAGUAAUCCUCCAAAGUCAACCCCAGCAGCCCUCAUCUCUCCAGGCUACUACCUCCAAUACAGCCUUCCAUGUUGGAGUAGCAGCUCAACAGCCUCCGAGCCUCGCUGCUCACCUGGAUUUCCAGCAACAGAAACCACAGUCCCUCCCAACACAAGUCCAAAACCUUGGUCUGUGCACCCAGUUGCCCACCACAAUUCAGAGCCAGGUGACUGCACCUAGUGUGCCUCCAUCUAACCCCGACCACCACGCUCUGCCACAAGUUCUCAAUGUAGGCAACAAUAGAAUGCUCCCUCAAGGUGUUCCCCAGAGUUUGUCCCAGGAGCUCAGCAGUGCCCAGGCCCUGACCCAUGCUGCUCAGGCUAGUGCCCUCUAUGCUAGUCUGCCCACCUUCACUACUACUCAGCUGCAGGAUGCCCAGCGACUCCUACUCCAGCACCAGUCUGCUCUGCUGGGAUUGCCAAAGCUUUCCGGAGGGGACCCAGGAUCUGGAUUGAACGCUGGCCAAGAAGCUGAAGGCAACGCUGCCAUCGCCAGUGCCUUAACUGCAUCAGCUGGUCUUAAAACUCUGGAUGGAGAGGAGGAUGGUGGAAGAUAAUGGAGGGGUCAUCUGGCUGUGACGCAUCUUCUCCUGAUGAAGUUGAUUUGACGUUUUACUAGUCUGCCUACUUGGAUCCUCACCAUCUACAUUUAACAGCGUGCUAACACUGGUGUGGCGUCUUGUGUUGUAAUGCAGGAAAUACAAAAUACUUAUUUAAUCAAAGGUUUUUGAUAUUUCUCCCAUCUAUGGGUGACCUUUUAAGGGAAGAGAUUUACUUGUUCACACUUAAACCUUCACUAAAAGCUCAUUGAUUUCGUUAAGAGCUCACUCUUGUCACGAUCUGUCUUUUCUCUCAUCUAUUGUCCCUCUUCUUCAGUCGCUACGUUUUACUCUUGUCGAUAGUUUGCCUGAAUUAAAUGUUUUCUUAAAACUUGAAAUCCAGCUAUGAACUGGAAUAAAACACUUCAGUUUCAGUAUAGUCUUUUCAGUACAAUAUUUUUCAUCACCUGAAUCUAAAAUAGGAAUUAAAAGUGUCAUAUAAGGUUGGUAAUGUUUUAGUCAAAUUUCCCUCUGUGGUUUGAUGGAUACUGAAGGUUGGUUAAUGUUAUCACAUGACGUGUAACUCUGAGGAAUGUGAAAUCUUUGGGGAUCAAAUGGAUUAUUGUCUUUGAUGAUAACUAGAAUUUGGGGCAAACUAAAGCCUUUGUUAAAAUUGACAAUAUUGCCUACAAGAGUUGUGAUCACAGUUCCUUUCUGCUAGUUUUUAGUUGUACUUUUCAGAAAGAAGCUGCCAUUCAUAACCAAACUGGUGCACAUGGGUUAAAAUAAGCUUAAAUAUUGUAGUUUCCAUUACAUCAGUGGGGAAAAAACAAGAUUGUUUAGAAAUGAGUGUCUUUUUUUAAUUCGAUGAGGCUUGUUUUGCACCUUUUGUUUGUUUGAAUAAUUUGCAUGUUUUAUGAGGCUUCUGAUGGAGUGAAUUAAUGCAUGACAUCAACAAAAACAGUUGUUUCUCCACGCAGCUUGCUUUUGUUUUCCCCUCUAGUCACUAAUGGACUGCAGAAGGCACAUUGUCUUUAUUUUAGAGGCAGUAAAAUGGUAGAACAAGACGAGUUUGGGGGCUUGGAUUGAUAAACAUUAAUAUACUAUUUAACCUCCAUAAUCAUCACAUCUUUAUUCAUUUUCAACAAAUUACAAGCUAUUGCAACUUAUGAAAAAAAGGGGUGUGGUUUAAAACUAGUAGACCCUAUAUCCAGAUGAUUUUUUUUUUCUCGACAAAGUGCUGAGAACAGUGUAAUUUUAACUCGGUGGGAGGGAGGUUUUGAGGUUACCGACAAGGUACAUGCUGUUCUGUUGUUAAAUACUGAAGGAGAAAUGUUCCGUGUGCACAAUGAUUGUAUAGGAGACAUUUCUGAGAGGCUUUUGCUGUCUGUACAGUAAACGUUGUUUACUGUUUAAAACGUUUUGUAUGGUGUUGUCAGCAAUGCUGAUUUUGGCAUUGUAAAAACGUACCAGUUGUCCUUGCUUUAAAUCAUAAAUGUUCUAUUGUCAACCACUCUAAUACAGUGUUACAGUAUGUCUGCCUAGUUAGAAUUAUAUAAAAUUUGACACUGAACUAGAGCGGUGUGGCAACAUCUUUAUCAAUGACACGACAUUUUUUUAUUUGACUUUAAACUGAAAUGUGGCCAUUGUCAGGAAACGACUUUGAUUCUUGGUUUCUUUGCCAGAACUUGGAAAAUGAAUUCAAAAAGGGCAUUUAUUUUCCUUGUAUUUGUUGUAAUGGUUUCUCAUUACCCCCUAGCUUGGAGACAAAUGUAUAGCCAAUCUUGGCACAGAGCAUUAAUAAAGGUUUCAGUCUGCUCAUUGUAGAGGAGGCAGUUCCUCUCAUCAACAUGAUGAUCUUUAUCUGGCAGGAAUGUAUUUAGAGCAGAUUCCUGGUAGGGAGGUCUGUGGGCCGUUAGUACUUUCACAGUACGUGUUGUUGCUUCUUUGAACAUAUUUUCCGACUAGGGGUUGACACAGGAGUGGAUUUUGACUCCUGCUCCCUUCCGGUCCCAGAGCGAUGGAUCCCACCCCUUCACAAUUCCGAGUGAGUGUUUAAAAAAUAAAAAAUAAAAUAAAAUAAAAAAUCCCCCUCCCAUAGGGAUCAAGCCCACUCCCUCCCAAUCCCGAGCCGAAAUUUUACAGAAUCUCGCUCCCCUCCCCGUUUUUUCUUUUUUUUUUCUCUCUCCUUCCAGUCGAUCCGCCUACAUUUUUAUUAAUAGCUUGAAAGUCACCGGGAGUUGAUGGGAAUUUCCACUCCUGUCAUGGUUUCCAGUCCCGGUGACUUUCGUUCCCACUCCUGCCCAAUCCUGUGAUUAAGAUUGAAAUCACACCUGUCCCGCGGGACCCACAGGACCCGGUGCGAAUCCUGAAAAAAUGUCAGCCUCAGACCAGGGCUGCACGAUAUGAUUUGAUCGGGCUGAUAGGUAUCGGCCGAUAUUUAGUAUUUUAUGCUGAUCGGCUUUAAUGUCAUAAUUCGCCGACGUCAUUGAUCGGCUCCGCAAAAGACACGUGCACAGUAUAUUUGAAUCCAAAAGCUAGUUUAUUUUUUGUCUUGUCGCGUGUCUUUUGAUGUAGUACUGUAAAUAUCUGACGGCCAAAGAAGUUAUUUAAAAAAACAAACAAAAAGAAAACCUCGGGGUGUGGCACAGACAACACGUCGGAGA